AUGGCAACCAUGCCGUUUGUCAGCGAGGGGAAGUGUGUGAGUGUGGAGUGGGAUUUCCUACAAGGACUACUGGCCAAGCCUCCCACCCUGCCCUGUCUCCAGAACCUGCGUAAAGAGAAGUCUCGCAAUGCGGCUCGUUCACGGCGGGGGAAGGAGAAUUUCGAGUUCUUUGAGCUGGCUAAGAUGCUGCCUCUGCCCGGGGCCAUCACCAGCCAGCUGGACAAAGCCUCCGUCAUCCGGCUGACCAUCAGCUACCUGCACAUGCGCACCUUUGCCAGCCAGGGGGACCCGCCCUGGAGCCCUCUGCUGGAGGGCGACAGCAACUGCAGCAAAGUAAGACGAUCAUCUCAUUCUCUGGCUACUGACAUGUUUGAGCAGCACCUAGGGGCGCACCUCCUGCAGUCUCUGGAUGGCUUUGUGUUUGUGGUCAGUCAGGAGGGACGGUUCCUCUACAUCUCAGAGACAGUUUCUAUCUAUCUGGGACUCUCGCAGGUGGAGCUGACCGGCAGCAGUGUGUUCGACUAUAUCCACCCGGCGGACCAUGUCGAGAUGGCCGAGCGGCUGGGAAUCAGGCCACAUCUGAGGGCCGAAGCCGGCUGCCACACGGCCCCUGAGAGCGCUUCUAGCUCUGCAUCCACCUCCUCCCUGGCUGGUACCCCUGAGCCUGCUCCGUCUAGUCCUCAUUCUCCUGCUGACGACCCUCCUGACCGUGGCUUCUUCAUCCGCAUGAAAUCCACGCUCACCAAAAGAGGCCUGCAUGUCAAGUCUUCUGGAUACAAGGUAAUCCAUGUGACAGGGCGAAUCCGCUGCCGCCCAGCACUUGUGCCGGGCUCCACGCGUUCAGUGCGUCGACCGAUGGGUUUGGUGGCACUGGCGCACACGCUCCCGCCUUCCACGCUUAAUGAAGUCCGCAUGGAGAGCCACAUGUUUGUCUUUCGAGUAAACAUGGACCUACAGGUCACAUAUUGUGAGAACAGGAUCUCAGAGUAUAUGGAUCUGACCCCAGCAGAGGUGGUGGGACAUACCUGUUACCACUUCAUCCAUGUAGAAGACCUGGAAAACCUUCGGCAAAGCCACGAGGACUUGCUGAGGAAAGGCCAGGUAGUGACAGGUUACUAUCGUUGGCUCCAGAGGAGAGGAGGAUACCUGUGGAUCCAGUCCACUGCCACUGUCUCCAUCAACCACAAAGCCCCCCACGAACGCAACGUCAUCUGGGUCAACUAUGUCCUGAGUCGAACAGAGUUGCCCGACACUCCCCUGGAUUUACUGCAGCUACCAGAGAGCAUAAGAGCAGAGAGACUUCGAGUUAGCUCCUCACCCAACGACGGCUCCCCACAGGCCCGAGGCUCCUCAGGCUCGCAACCAGUGAAGGGCUCAGUGGGGAAGAGUGACCCUGACACUAAAGGCAGAGAGAAAUUCACUGCCGCUGCUAUCCAAUCGGAGGACAGGAGGAAGCGCCUGCUGAGGUCCGACCCCGAGGGUGCUCCUCCCGAAACCCGUCGCAGACUAGAGGAACUCCGUCACGCUGAGGAGAGUGUGUCGGCCUCCUCGGACCUGGCAAGCGAAAGUGAGGGGGAGGAGGAGGAAGAAACAGAGUGGGACCAGGGGGGAGACAGUGAAAGACUGAAACAGGAAGACGGGGAGGGAGGAGGCAAACAGAGUAGGGGAGGAGACACCCCGACUAGAGGGGAGAGAGGAAGGAGGGCGCACAACGGCCGGGCUGUGAUCCAGCAGCUGAAGAGUGUAGUGACCCCGUCUCCCCUGUCGAGCAGCCCCAGCAUCAAGACUGAACAUGACUCCCUGUCCACCGGGGGGCGCUGGGGGUCACACACACAAACCUCCACCUCACACACCACCCAGCACCAACCCUCACAUGCACACACACCCUCCAGCAGUCUCAACGGUGACAGCCCUAACACCCCGAUCCCCGACUCUUCUUCCAGCAGUGAAGCCCCUCCGAAAGGUUUGUUCACUCCCCCAUCCCCUGCUUUGUCCCCCGCCAUGUCCGUGUCCUCUCCACUGCCCCGUGAGGAGAGGGCUGUGUCAGGGGUGGUCAGUCGGGGCAGUGGUGGCGGUGUAGGUAGUGGUCCUGACUUUGAGCUGCUCCAGAGACUGGCUGCAGGUGGCGCUGCAGGGCGGGUCCUCUUCCACCCCCUUGCUCUCGGUCCUCAGGGCCCUCAGAGCCUCUACGCCCCCAGCACUAUCCGCUACGCUCCACCUGAGCUGCCUCCGUCCCAUCACCACAGCACGGGACACAGCGACGGCCUGCAGCUACGCUCGGACCACCACAAGGGACCCCCGCCGGCCUUCUUCCCCCACCUACAGCGGCUGGCCGGCCUGCCACCCUUCAGCGGUUUCUCCCCGUCUGACAGCCCUUUCUCCUCCGGCCUGCCCUUCUGUAUGAAUGGACUGAGGGGGGCUGCAGGCUCAGAGGAAGACUGA